UCGCUCUUUUUCUUUCUCUCUCUGAUAUCUUUCGGAGCCGUGCUCUUUGUGAAACAGAACGCACACCUUCACACACACACACACGCUGGCUGAGUGCGGAGGUCUGUGCCUGUAUCAGUGGGACUGCACGCGGUGGGCAGGCAUGGAUCGCUUCCUUGGCUUUGUCAAGCAGAUCCGGAGGUCCAGGAGACGCAAGGGCAAAAAGUACCGUCCGGAAGAGGAUUAUCACGAGGGUUACGAGGAUGUCUAUUACUAUGCUUCCGAGCACCUGCACCAUGAGGGGCCCUACACUAAACACUCCAAUCCCUCCAGGCCACCAGAUGGCGCUCUGGCAAUUAGGAGACAGAGUAUUCCAGAUGAGUUUAAGGGCACCAGCACCGUGGAGCUGAUCAAGAAGGAAGGCACAACCUUGGGCCUGACAGUAUCUGGAGGCAUCGACAAAGACGGCAAGCCCCGCGUCUCCAACCUGCGCCAGGGCGGCAUCGCUGCCAGGAGUGACCAGUUGAACGUAGGGGACUAUAUAAAGUCUGUGAAUGGAAUCAACUUGACAAAGUUUCGUCAUGAUGAGAUUAUUAGUCUGCUGAAGAAUGUGGGGGAGAGGGUCGUCCUGGAGGUCGAGUAUGAGCUACCGCCUGUCUCUGUACAGGGCUCAGGGGUCAUGUUCAAAAACGUGGAGGUGACGCUGCACAAAGAAGGCAAUACAUUCGGUUUCGUCAUCAGAGGAGGCGCCCAUGAAGACAGAAACAAAUCUCGCCCGGUUACCAUAACAACCAUCAGACCCGGCGGUCCGGCUGACAGGGAAGGUACCAUCAAACCCGGCGACAGGCUGCUCAGUAUUGAUGGAAUUCGUCUGCAUGGAGCGUCUCACGCAGAGGCCAUGAGCAUCCUCAAACAAUGCGGCCAGGAAGCCACUCUUCUCAUAGAGUAUGAUGUGUCAGUCAUGGAUUCUGUAGCUACAGCUUCAGGCCCGCUGCUGGUGGAGGUGGCCAAGUCCAUGGGCUCCAGUUUAGGUCUGGCUCUCUCUACCUCCAUGUACUGCAAUAAGCAGGUCAUCAUCAUCGACAAGGUCAAACCAGCCAGCAUCGCCGAUAGGUGUGGUGCACUGCACGCAGGUGAUCACAUCCUCUCGGUGGAUGGCACAAGUAUGGAGUAUUGCACACUGGCCGAGGCCACCCAGCUGCUAGCUAGCGCUUCUGAACACGUCAAAAUGGAGAUUCUGCCCCACCACCAGACAAGACUGGCCCUCAAGGGCCCUGAACAUGUCAAGGUGCAGAGGAGUAACCGGCCAUUGCCCUGGGAAUCCGGAACCAACAACAACAGCAACUUCCUUCCCUAUCAACACUAUAACACCUACCACCCUGACCAGUCCCGCAGCCAGACCAAGCAGAAAACCUCUCCAAACAACCCCCCUCUGGGUUCAUCCUUCUCUCCCACCUCCAUGAGUGCCUACAGUCUGAGCUCACUCAACAUGAACACGCUGCCACGCACCAUGUAUCCCACAAGUCCCCGCGGCACCAUGAUGAGACGCAAACUGAAGAAGAAAGACUACAAGAGCUCAAUGUCUCUGGCUUCAAGUACGGUAGGACUUGCUGGUCAGGUGGUCCACACAGAAACAACAGAGGUGACCCUCAUCAGCGACUCCAUCAUGGGCUUUGGGAUCCAGCUUCAGGGAGGAGUCUUUGCCACGGAAACCCUGUCCUCUCCGCCGCUCAUCGCUUACAUAGACCCUGACAGCCCGGCAGAGCGGUGCGGCAUCCUGCAGAUUGGCGACCGCAUCCUGUCAAUAAACGGCAUCCCCACUGAGGACAGCACGCUGGAGGAGACCAAUCAGCUGCUGAGGGACUCCAGUAUCACCAGCAAAGUCACACUAGAGAUUGAGUUUGACGUAGCAGAAUCAGUUAUCCCAAGCAGUGGAACCUUCCAUGUGAAGCUACCAAAGAAGCCAGGUGUGGAGCUGGGCAUCACCAUCAGCUCUCCUUCCAGUAGGAAGCCCGGAGAUGCACUCAUCAUCUCUGACAUAAAGAAAGGCAGCGUGGCGCACAGGACGGGCACCCUGGAGUUGGGGGAUAAGCUUUUGGCAAUAGACAACAUCCGUCUGGACAACUGCUCCAUGGAGGACGCCGUUCAAAUCCUACAGCAGUGCGAAGACCUGGUUAAACUCAAGAUCCGCAAGGACGAGGACAACUCAGGUACCUCUGAGCCUCUGCAACUACAAACCCCACACGGAUUAGCACUAAAAGCCACCAUGUUCCUCGCGUCCAAAGCCAGAGGCUCGUUUAGAUCUUUCUCGCUGGGAACAUUAAGGACCGGUGCCAUCCACAUUGGUGAUCGCAUCCUGGCCAUUAACAGCAACAGUCUGAAGGGCAAACCUCUCAGUGAGGCCAUCCACCUGCUGCAGAUGGCAGGGGAGUCCGUCACACUGAAGAUCAAGAAGCAGGGAGAAUUGGCAAGCCCGAAGCAGCCUUCAGUAACGGGGCGUUUGAAUGAUCUGAGCGAUAUGGAGGAUGACAGUCAGGCUGGGCAGAAACCCGGUAAACUCUCAGAUAUCUAUUCCACCACCAUUCCCAGCGUGGACAGCGCAGUGGAAUCCUGGGACGGCUCUGCCAUGGACGCCCCCUUCAGCACCCAAGCUCCCACAGGUUUCCAGGCAUCGGGCUACAGUUUCCACAGUCAUGAGUGGAGGAAUGCCAAGCCCGGCCGGGGCAGCCUCUCCCCGGUGAACAGCAGCCGGCAGAGGAACAACAUCCUGCCAGACUUUGGACUCGGUGUGGAUGACUGGGACAGGCCAAGCGCUAGCGGGGCAUCCACGCUGCCCACCGGUUUAAUCUCAGACAGCAGGUUCACUGUGGGACACGACGGGACUGAGCCAGACCAGGAAGAGAACUUCUGGUCCCAAGCGCUCGAAGACCUGGAAACGUGUGGCCAAUCCGGGAUCCUGCGAGAACUUGAGGCCACCAUCAUGUCGGGCAGCUCUUUGAGUUUAAACCACGAUCCUGCACCCACCCGAAGCCAUCUGGGCCGCCAGGCCAGCUUUCAGGAACGUGGCAGCAACAAACCACAAUACACACAGGCCAACCGCAGCAACACGCUGCCCACCGACGUCGGCAGAAAAGCUUUCGCCAUGAGGAGAAUGAAGCAAGAGAUUAAAGACAUCAUGUCGCCUACCCCAGUUGAGCUUCAUAAGGUGAGCCUUUUGAAGGACUCGGACCUUGAGGACUUCGGGUUUAGCGUGUCUGACGGAGUCUUGGAGAAGGGGGUUUAUGUAAACAAUAUCCGUCCAGGUGGCCCUGCUGAAAUCGGAGGACUCAAGCCAUACGAUAGACUUCUACAGAUAAACCACGUCCGGACUAGAGACUUUGACUGCUGUUUAGUGGUUCCUCUUAUAGCAGAGUCCGGGAACAAACUGGAUCUAGUCAUAAGCCGAAACCCGGUUUCCUCGCAGCCCUCAGAACUGAACCCGUUUUCCAAUGACGAGGCAGUGAACUGGACUGACCCCGGGGACCCUCUCGAGCAGCCCACCGCAGGGCUGGAGCAGGGCCAGCACAAUUCCACGCUAGCGGGACUAGAGGACAGAGACCCCAACAAGACUUUAUAGCAGAACUCCUCCCAGGUGCCUGCAGUGGAGCGCUCUUCCUCAUGGUGCUAAAGCGAACCCUCCCCUCCCUAAAACGGCUCCCUCUAGUGGAGUAAAACGAGAGGGGCUUGUUGUCCUAUAGCACACACCCAGUCCCUUUCCUAAGUCAGAGCAUGAACCACCAUGACUAAGAGGUCCUUUCCUGACAAGCUGGGUGUGUUUUUACCCUGUGAAAAUGGCGGCGAAGACCACACUGACCUCUUGGAAAACCAAAUUGUGGGGGGGGGGAACCUGAAACAGUGCCAUCCCUAAUUUUUAUUGCCAAUAAACGAGAAUAGUUUUAAGAAGGACUUAAAAAAAGAAUGCAUAAAAGCAACACUGAGACUUUUACUUACGAUAUCGGACUGGCCACUCUGUGAUUGUCCGUAUUUGUGUGAGUUUGAAUGAGUGUGCGCGUGUCCCGAGACUUUAUUUCGCAAGCCUCCACGAAGUCUGUCAAAGUUCCAUGUUUGAAACGCAACCGUCGAUCCUCCUAUUUUGUGAUACUGAAACACAAAUGUGUGUAUAGUGUAUGUCCGUGUAUUUCCUUCUAUCUGAUGCCAAGGUCAGAUCCCUUUUCUCGCUCGAUGAGAGAGAGGAUACAGCUGUGUGUGGGGGGAAAAAAUAAUCAGCACAAUGAAUUCGGUAGCCAUUUUUCAAUUGUGACUGAAUGUGGGUUAUAGCCUAAUGCAUGAGACCUUUUAAUUAACUAUUUUGUAGUACUUCUGUCCAAAAAAAAAACACAAGCGCUUGGCUAAAUGAAAAACACCAUGUUUCGGUUCUCUGUCCGCUAUAUCACCGUAAAUAUGAAAUCCAAUGUCACUCGUAUAAGGAGAGGGUGGCACAAAGGCACCUUAUCUUGAAAUUGGACAGAUGUCUAUUUUUAUGAAUAGAGGCGGAUGAUUUAUAAGAGAUGCGUGUGAUUUUGAGCGAUGACUGGUUAGCAUGAGGUCGCUAUCGACCAUGUACCGCAGCAGAUUGAUGGCACGGAGAAGGUCAUUCAGGUCGAAAACUCUUUGUACUUUGUUAGGUAACCGCCGUAGGUCUGCGGUCUCCAGACUCUCGCCCCACAUUUUGAGGAAAUCCAUCAUUGGCCCAAAGGAUAGAACAGCUUAUUUAUUCCAACAUCAAUCUUCUAAAUGAAAACGACAGGCAUUCAAGUAGGUACUCGCAUAUUGUUUACUCCGCUGUCUGUGAUAAAUGAGAAUAUUACGACAAACAAAUUCAUCUCAAUUGCUUAAAUUUGCAGUAUCCACUUAUGACAAAAACGCAAGCAUGGGGUUGAUGUCCAUGAGUAAAAAAAAAAAUCCUGAAAAGACUUUUGUAUUCCUCCCCACAUGGUUUAAAAAGUUAUCAAUCAUUAUGGUAAUUUGUAUAUGGUACUGUUAUGGUUUUAUGUCUCAUCUGACAUUUUUUUCCCAGACUGUGUAAGCCCAAAGGGUACGCAAUCCAUUUGUAAAGAGAAAAAAUACGAAGUGUCAAAUCAUGAGAGAAUGGAUUUUUUUCUACCGUAUGUGGUAGACCAAUAAACAUCACAUUUGUAGCUCUACUUGGAAAAAAUUAUAUUAGUAAAGAAAAAAAAUGCCAUAGGUAAGCUGCUAAUGGCAAUGAAGACCCUCACCCACCUGUGUGAAACUGUGCUUUUGAUUGAGUGACGUCACCCUCGUUGUCAGUGCUCAAAGAUCCUGUCUACUCACUAUUUUCAAAAGGCACAUUGUGGUCCAACUACUGAACUGAACAAAAACCUCAUCAAGCCCACUUGAUGGAGAAGGUUUGACGAUGAUGAAAAGGUAUCUUUUGUUUUUGUUUUAUUUCAGAUAAACUUUCAGGUACGGGUGCAUUCCCCAAACUCAUGCACAGAGAUGUUUCUCAAUUCGCUACAUGUUGAAUUAUGGUUUUCAAGCCCUGAUUCAAAAGUUAGUUGUCACUUUCAUUACGCUUUCCUUGACCUUGACCUAUUGUUUGUU